AUGUCUGGAUAUCCAUAUGGCAACCCACAAUUUCCACAGCAGCCAAAUCAAAUUUAUCCUCAGAUUUAUAAUCCUACAGCAAUACCUCCUACUCAAGGAGGACAACCAAUGAUGCCAAGUUUUCCAACACAAUAUCCAUACCAGCCCGGCUUUGCUGUGUAUCCAGGUCAAGGAGCUGGGCAGCCCCAAGCAAAUAUGCCCCCAUCUGCUAUGUCCUAUCCUAAUGUGGCUCCUACAGCUCCAAGUUUUGGCUAUGCUCCAUUUCCUAAUGUUACACAGCAACAACCAUGGUCUGUGGUUGAAUGGAUUCCAUCAACAACUCAAAGUGCUCAGUCACUAAGUAACAGAGCAGUCGUAGCUGGGUACGAAGGAUAUGACCAAAGUCCAUUGUGGGUUAUAAGGGCUAGACUUAACGGAGAUCUUUUACCAGGAAAGCUUGCUGUGAAGCAUCAUGCUGCAUAUGUGCCUUAUAAUGGAAAGGAAAAUCCUGUACAAAACUUUGAGGUGUGCUGCGCCCCGGCAGACAAAAUCCGUUGGGUCGAAGGUAGGGAUGGUGUGGUUCCCCCGAAUGCAAUAGCUGCUGGUAACACCGCAAGUGGUGAGCCCCUGUACAUCGGCAGGGCAAGGGAACAGGGUUCACUUACUCCCGGAAAGGUACAUCCCAGUCACAAGACACUUUACAUUUCUUUUGGAGGUCACGAAAUCGGACACAAGGUAUAUGAAAUACUGUGCACUGUGUGA